AUGGUGCCUAGAACGCAACAAAGAAAGCGCACUAUGUCUGAUGCUGUCUAUUGUCAGCAGUCCUCACACCUGGAAGAGGGAGGGGUUAAGAAACCCGAAAGAAACACCACCAAAAGGGCGUCAAGACGGCGUAGCGAGCUCGAGGAGCGUAUCCAGGCCUAUUUAGACAAAGAACGCCAGGAAGAGAUAUGGCGAAUGCAAGCAACCCUGCCGGAUAUCGUGACCCCUGAUAACCAGUCGAUUCUUAAUGGGCUGCUGGACGUCAUCCUGCCUGUCAUGGUGUCGACCACCAAGGCCCCUGGAAAGAAACACCCUUUUCUCGGCCUCUUUACCCGGCGGAUGAAACAUACGCUCGUUUCGAUGGAUGUUGUCAGGUUCCUCAAUAUCGAGCCGACGGUACUGCCUAAGGAUAGCCAGCCCGCCGAUACACCGUGGGGUCUUGUCCUAGCUGAAUACUUCGUGGAGUUAACUCUUGAGCAGGAACCACACGGCAUUCCCAGGCAGUCUGUGCAGGCAUGGGUCCUCCCCGACGAACAACGUGGACAAAUCAACGUCGAUCUUUUCAUUGGUUCAGAGUUCCUGGAAGAGUCUACGGGGGGUAUGCUUCCAGCGAGGACGAUCGUGAUGCCCACGAAGCUUCGGAGCUUGAGCGUGCUGAAGCCUGGAACUUCGCGAUACGCCAUCGAGCCAUUUAGAAAAUUGGCGAAACCAUCAAUAGCUGCGUCUGCUUCGAGGACUGCGGGCUUCGGCUGUCAGGUCCAAUUACCAAGCGGCGUUGCUCAGCCCACAAGCCAGAGCAAUGUGUCCUACCAGAACCUUCUUGUGUCGCUGUACCAUCAGCAAGGGGAGAAGCGGCGGCGGCGGUCGCAGCAGUCUCCACAACAAGCGUCAGCCCUCCCUGGAGUCCAACUGACACCCCCCUCGACCCAUCAAAUGCCUACAGCACAACCACAACCACAACCAAUCGCCCAGCCGGUUGUCCAAUCAGCAUUCAACCAGGCGGACCAGACGCUGCAAGACAUCUUCGGGCCGGAGCUUGGUAACGUUCCUCAGGCACGAGACGAUCACAUUGCUACCAUGUGCUUCCAUCCCAGCUCCUCGGAACAGCAACAAAACCCACAGGCCCUGAGUGACGACUUUGCGACGCUUAGCCAAGCAACGGCUGCUGCUGAUUUUGGUGCUAACUUGGGGUCGCAGUUGACUUCGCCGAAUUUCUUCCCCCAACGGAUUCAGUCCCAAGAGACUGCAGCAGACACGGAGAAUAGGAUAUUGAGCGUGCAAAUCCAGCAACGUGAAGAGAGGGAUAGGUUCAAGCAGCAGGAACUGCACGGCCAGCUACGCAUGCGGCAACAGACGCAAGCCCAAUCUCAGAAGCCAUGGUCGCAGUCUGAGGUAACUACCCAGGAACAAUCCCAGACCUCACAGGAUGCAAACUCGGUCCAACUCCCACAGAUGCAGCCGGUUCCACAACAGCAGCUUCUGGACCAGCAGAUGUUGGCCCCCUUGCAGAUCGAGCUGCAACAGGACCAUCAGGCCUUGAUGCAAUAG